CAACUGGGAGCUGGCCUGGGCGACGUGUAAGUUUUUGCCGUUUUCGGUGGUCGAGCAUUGCUUCUGGGAAAGUGAGUGUUCGUCGGUCUGUUGCUCAAGACAGGACUGGCAGCGACAAAUCUAGCGAUACUGCCACGGAGACAGUAAUAUAGUAAGGAGGAUCUUUAAUUCUUGCACGAUGGCGGGCGAGGACGACAUCGAAUAUUACUUCCUGAAGGAGGACGACUUUGACGAGGUCGUUGCAUUCCUUGCAGAGGACUACUUCCAGAGAGAACCCAUUACACUGGGCACCCACGCCAACGAGAAGUGCGAGCCGGGCAAGGGGCGCAUGGGCGAGGACGUUCGCAGAUGCCUGAAGUCCGGGCUGUCGGUGGGCGCGAGGGACCGGAAGACGGGUCAGCUGAUCGGGCUGCGAGUGAGCAACCUGCUGGACAGAGAGAAGCCCUUCAAGUCUACUCAGCCUUGUAAUGAAUUCGAAGAGCUGUACCGCAUCGCAGAGCACGUAGUGAAUCACGUGUAUGAGGAGAAGGCAGACAAGUUCCUCAUGAUGUUUCUACUCAGUGUCCAUAAGGAUUACGGCGCUCGUGGCAUCGCAGGAGAGAUGGUGAAGGUGAAGAUAAUUUUUGUAUUUAUCAAUUUCAAGACACACCUAGGCUUGUCGGUGGGAGGCUUUAAGCAGUUCCUCCUCCCAACCACGACUACAAGACAACGGCCCUCAUUCCCAGGAAACGAGGGAGGUCCAGGAAGCGGCGGCGAUCAGGAUUGCUCUGCGAGGCUGCUGAAUAUAUCCGGAUCCUCGAAUUUCUUCCUUCAGUUCAAGCGGUAUUUCAAUGGUGGAAACUUUGAUGUUGCUCGCUUCCGGAAAUUCCCUCUUAGGGUCCCGUUAUUGGAAACUGUACUUUACUUUAAAGGCAAAUACAAUAUUGAGCAAGUGACCAUCCGCGCUGGGACGCUUAUACUGUGCAACUCACGUGAUCAACAACGCACAGGCAGCGGGAUCGGCCGAAGCAAGGUCUACAUAGACCUUGGGCAGAACAAAGCUCAAAUACCUUGA